UUGUCGCUCAUCUUGCGUGUGCAGUGUUGCCGCCUCCUUAUUAUAGCUGCUGGUGCGCUUCGAGUCAGAAUUCCUCAUCAAAGACGUGCUCUGUAAUUGAUCAAAGCUGUUGGUGCGCUCCUAAGCGGUAUUGUUCAUUGCGAAGGCGCUGGGAGGGAACAAGCAAAGUAGUGACUGUUGGGGGGGGUUGUGUGGAUUUGUCCGACCUGGAACCAAGAGGCAACAGGGCGGCGCACGCAGGAACACCCAGCUGCCAAAGGAGGGAGUGAGAGACGGGAACUUCUCGGAAGACAUGACGAUUCUUUACUCGUUGGUCGCGAGGGGUAAGACGGUGCUCGCGGAGUUCACCUUCACCACGGGCAACUUCCCGACGAUCACGCGCGUCUUGCUUGGCAAGAUUGCCCCGGAGGACGGGAAGAUGUCGUACGUCUACGACCAGUACGUCUUCCACUACCGAGUAGACGACGGGCUAACUUUCCUGUGCAUGGCGGACGAGGACAGCCGCCGGCGGAUACCCUUCGCCUUCCUGCAAGAAAUCAAGAACCGGUUUCAGGCUACGUACGGGGAUAGAGGCGCAACGGCGGCAGCCUUCGCGAUGAACGAGGAUUUCUCCCGGACUUUGGAGAACCAGAUGGACGUCUUCAACUCGCCGGAUGGUGACCAGGUCUUGGCGACGCAGCAGAAGCUGGACGAGGUAAAGGACGUGAUGGUAGCGUCUGUGGAGCUGGUGUUGGAGAGGGGGGAGAGGUUGGAGCUGCUCGUGGACAAGACGGACAACUUGCAGCAGCAGGCGUUUCGAUUCGAAAACACGGCGAAACGGCUGAAGAACCACCUUUUCUGGAAGCGGGUUCGAUUCUACUCCGCGGUGGCGUUGGGGGCGCUCCUACUCCUGUACGUCGUUACGGCCGUCGCUUGCGGACCGACGUACGCGAACUGCAAGAGCUCCUGA